AUGACAACGCAACAGGACGUCGUGCUGCGGGUGAACGACCUGCGCACCCACUUCCAGACACGGUGGGGAACGGUAAAGGCCGUGGACGGCAUCAGCUUCGACCUGCGGCGGGGCGAAACCCUGGGGAUCGUCGGCGAGUCGGGCUCCGGCAAGUCAGUGACCAUGCUGUCGCUGAUGCGACUGAUCCCGAUACCUCCCGGACGCAUAGUAUCCGGCAGCAUCGAGUUGGACGGGCAGGACAUCCUGCAGCUAUCCGAAUCCGAGAUGAACCGGAUCCGGGGGAGCAAGAUCGGCCUGAUCAUCCAGGACCCCAUGACCUCCCUGAACCCUGUAUUUACCAUCGGCAACCAGGUUUCCGAGGCCAUACGGAUCCACCAGGACAUUCCGAAGCGCUCGAUAAUGGAGCAGGCCCUUUCGGUGUUGCGAAAGGUGAACAUACCUGCGGCGGAAUCGCGGAUGCGCGAUUACCCGCACCAGAUGAGCGGCGGCAUGCGCCAGCGCGUGGUGGGUGCCAUAGGCAUCUCCUGCCAGCCUGAGGUGCUGAUCGCCGAUGAACCGACCACGUCGCUGGACGUCACAAUCCAGGCGCAGUACCUGGCCCUGCUGAAGGACCUGCAGCGGGACUCCAACGUGGCCCUCAUAUUCAUCACGCACGAUUUCGGUAUCGUGGCCAAGAUGUGCGACCGCGUCGCCGUGAUGUAUGCCGGGCGCAUCGUGGAACAGGGCAGCGUCCGCGACAUUUUCAACAACCCGUCCCAUCCCUACACGGAGGCGCUGCUGGCGUCGGUGCCGAAGGGCCUCACGAUGCACGAAACUAUGAACGGCCAAGGCCUGCUGGAGGCCGUCGGGCUGAAGAAGCAUUUCCCGGUGACCAGGGGACUGCUCAUCAGCAAGACCAUUGGCCACAUCAAGGCGGUCGACGGCGUCUCAUUCGAGUUGAAGCCCGGAGAAACACUGGGCAUCGUCGGAGAAUCGGGCUGCGGCAAGAGCACCACCGCCAAGAUGAUGCUGAUGCUGGAGGAGCCCACCGAGGGUUCCAUCAUCUUCGAGGGCAAGGACAUUCACACCGCCGAUGCGGAUGCGCGACGGGAGUAUCGCCGGUCGGUGCAGGCUGUGUUCCAGGACCCGUGGAGCUCCCUGAACCCCCGUAUGCGGGUGCGCGACCUGAUCGCCGAACCGAUGACGAUCAACUGGGAAAUGGGCCGCGGAGAGAUCCAGGAACGGGUGCUCAAGCUGCUGAACGACGUGGGCCUCAGCGCCUAUCACGCCAACCUGUACCCCCACGAGUUCUCCGGCGGGCAGCGGCAGCGCUUGGCCAUCGCCCGGGCCCUGGCCCUCCAUCCCAAGGUUAUCGUGCUGGACGAACCGGUCUCCGCGCUGGACGUGUCAAUCCGGGCCCAGAUCAUGAACUGCUUAAGGACCUUCAGAGUGAAUACAACGUCAGCUACAUGCUCAUCGCCCACCAUCUGGCAACUGUGCGCUACAUGUGCACCUGGGUGGCGUGGUGAUUGUACGUGGGCCGCAUCCGCAUAG